UAUUUAGCCGGCCGUUUCUACCUGACGACAUGGAGCACCAUUUCCUGAUGAGACUGUGGUGAGACCGGUGCAGCCCUGUCACGCCCGCAGCGCCCCCUUUCGGCCCGGACGGCCCACCACGGCCCGGCGCCUGUGAAAGGGUACCAUGUCAGCCGUAGCAUGUCGCAGCAUUCCUCCGGUGGGGGCGGACCCUGCCACUGCCCGCCUGAGGACGGUGAGGGCCCGGGCAGGGACUACUACCAGGGUCACAGCGAUGGCCACUACUACCCUCCAGGCCAGGCUGAGGCCUUGGCGCUGGAGAGGCACCAUUCCCACUCCCACGGCCACUCUGGAGGGGGAACCUUUCCACGUUCCCACCCCAGCCAGCACCCGCCUCUCCAGUCGCUUGACUCUUGCGAAGAGUGCCUGUCUUCAGGUCCUGGAGGGAAGAUGCACCGCAUUCCCCCGAACAUGAUCGACCAGCAGGUGCCCUUUCAUCCCGAUGGCUUCCACACACUGCAGUACCAGCGCGCGUCCAGUGGGGGGGCUGAGCCGCGCAGCGAGAGCCCCUCACGCAUCCGCCACCUGGUCAACUCUGUGCAGCGCCUCUUCGCAAAGUCCCAGUCCUUGGAGGCGCCAGGCAAACGGGAGUUCAACGGCACGAGAGGAGGCGGGGACUACCGUGGAGAGAGAGGAGAGAGAGGAGAGAGAGGAGGAGGCCACAGAAGUGGAGGGGAGGACGGCGGGGGUCACUAUUCAGGUCACCAGCCUCGUUCUGCAAGGAGGAGCAAGUCUCGGGAGCGUAGCAAGAGUGGAGACUCCAGGCACGAGUCAGGCAGACGCCAUCGCAGCAGGACGGCAGGCUGGUGGAGCUCUGACGACAACCUGGACAGCGACAGCAGCUACCUGGUCAGCGGGGGCCGGCGAGGGUAUCCCAGCGGGCAUGAGAGCCUGGAUGCAGCCAUCCAGGAGCUCACCAUGAAGAGGCCCAAGGAGCGUGGUGGUGGUGGUGGAGGAGGGGGGCACCACGGCCACCACGGCCACUCUCUGAAAAGAAGCACCUGGUCAGCCAUGACAGUGAGUCAGGCCAGAGAGGUGUACCCCUCCACCAGGGGGGCGAGCUACGAGAAAGCCCUGGUGCCCUUGGAGAGUAAGCUGAAGGAGAGGAGCUUCCACUACCUGCAGGGCAAGUACUCGUGUAAGCAGUGUACAGACUCCUACCCCAACAGCCGAACUACACCCAAAACCCAAACGCGCUCUCGGAGCUACACCCGCUCUCUGACCAGCUCACAGCUGGGAGACGCGUUGAACCGUCAGUUCGAGGCGGUGUGUGAGACCAUGUUCGGGGAGGUGGAGUCUCAAGCCGUCGAGGCCCUGGACCUUCCCGGUGUUUUCCGCACGCGCAGCCACAGCUACGUCCGUGCCAUCCAGGCCGGCUGUUCCCAAGACGACGACUGCCUCUCCGUCUUCUCCAUGUCGGGCCCCCAGGGAAGCAUCAAGGCCGGGGCGGUCUUUCCCUAUCGUAAAGGUGCUCCUCCCCCACUCCCACCUCGCAUGUCCAAGUCUUCUCUCUCGGUGCGAGCACAGAGCAGCACAGAGUCCACCCAGGAUGCCUACUUCCAGGGCGGUGGACAGAUGGCCCCGAGUUCAGGCUCUGGGCGCUCCAAACAGCACAGCAACUCGGUGGACCUGGGCAGCUCUGACGGCCCCUCGGGUCGCCUCUCCAGGGGGGGCUACUACACGGCCACAGGCUCACGCUCGCGACAACACAGCAACUCUGCAGAGAGUCUGGAUGGGGUCAGGGGUUCUCGGGAGCUAGUGCUCUACGGAGGGGCCCCGGGAGUCGGAGUGAGGGCCAAACACAGCAGCUCGGCUGACAGUCUGCUGGAGGGGCCACCGCGGCCGUCCAGGGAGAGGGACGGCCGGGGCGCGGGCAGCCUGGGGAAGUCCGUCUCUCUGCCUCAGAACAGCAUGGUGCUGAGCAAAGCUGGGGGGCAGGACGACGGGCGUGGGGGGAGAAAGUGGAGGCCGUCCAUCGCCACGCAGGUGGACAGCUCAGAGACUCUGUCAGAUUCAGACCCAGAUGGAAAAGCCCUGACAGAGGUCCACUCUAUAGGAGUCCAAGUGGAAGAUGACAAAAGGCGUGCUCGCUUCAAGCGCUCCAACAGCGUGACGGCGAGCGUGCAAGCCGACCUGGACCCCGAGGGCUUCCACGGGCUCAGCAUCGCCGUGCCAAUGCAGGACAAGAGUCUUCAGUUCGGCUGUUCUUUCCAAAGGCACUCCUCAGAGCCGGAGUCAGCAAGCCAGUACACAGAGUGCCAACGCACCGUGCACACGCAGGGACAAUGGGCCUACAGAGAGGACUUAAUCCAGGGUGGCUAUACCACGGAGGACUGCCCAGGGGACCCGCGGCCCCACCAGCACCCACACCUGCCUCCACGGUCCCACUCUCCUCUGCCCAUCACCUCUGAGAGAGCGUGGGCGGGGACGCCGUCACUGGAGGGCCCCCGGAGCCUGCCCGACUCUGGCCGCGCCUCGCCCUGCAUGAGAGACGGAGAGUUCUUCUUACGCCUCCUGCAGACAGAGGUGGAGAGGAUGGAGGGCUGGUGCCAGAACAUGGAGCGAGAGGCAGAGGAGAACGAACUGCCAGAGGAAGUUCUUGAGCUGAUACGAAAUGCAGUUGGCAGUGCCCAGAUGCUCAUGUCUCAGAAGGUCCAGCAGUUUUUCCGCCUCUGCCAACAAAGUGUGGUAAGUAUUCAUGUCCCCCCCCCCCAGCCCACCUCUCAGGACCUGGCAGGCCUCUGGGACCUGCUCCAGCUCAACAUAGAGGACGUCAGGGUCAAGUUUCAUGACCUCCAGAGGCUCAAGGACUCUGGUUGGAGGCUCCCACCUGAAAAGAAGGAGGAUAAGAAGCUUCCUCCUCCCUUACCAAAGAAGCCAGCAGGCGGGGUGAGUGGCAGCCUCCGGGCGGAUAGCGUCGGGGAUGUGAUCGGUGGCGGUGGAGGAGGAGCUGGGUCGGGGGGCCUGGUGGUCCCUCGCAUUGGUGGACAUACCCUACCCAUGAGGGAGAAGUCCCUGGACCUCGGGGACCGUCAGAGGACAGAAGCGAGGAGGAGGCUCCUGCAGACCAAGCGUACCGCCUCCUUCAGGCAGAACUCGGCCACAGAGAGCGCAGACAGCAUCGAGAUCUACAUCCCCGAAGCCCAGACUCGACUCUGAACACAAAGCCCCCUCACCUCCUCACUCACCCUCAGCCCCCCUGAAGCUGACCUGUCUCAGUCUUUCUCUGAGUUUUUGGAUCUUCUACAGGUCAUCGCUAUUUAUCUGAUAUCCUCCCUUGAGCACCACUUCACUUCUCACAACUACAAUUCACUACUCUUGCUCAUUAAACAAGCAAUGACAGCCAUUUUAGUGUCUUGAAAUUUGGAAAUGUUACUGACACAGAAGCCUAGACCUGAAACGGUAGCAAGCAGAUAUGAGUUAUAGACUUUUUUAAGAAUUUCCUUUUGGCUGACAAGCAAGAAACAGUCCACUUUUAUAGCAGUAGUCAGCGGAGGUUCACGCAGUAGUAGCAUGCCUGUGCGUGUUCACCCAGCACUUCUCCAUCACUGAAAAUAAAGGGCUUAACGGGAACAUAACCUCUGCGGAGACGACAGAACCUCCCUAUAGAUCUCCUGUUGCCAUUUCCUGAAUGCUACCAGUAUGGAUGAAUAAACAUGGAUUCAUUUCUCACCAUCAGUUUAAAUGCCCUAAAGUCAGAUGGUUGGCAAUCCCCAAAGAACAUUCUCCAAGCAUAGUCAGUCAACUACAGCUGGCACUUUUCACCCAGUUACCAUCUGUCCACCCAGGCAGCCAGUCAAAAGAAUAUGAAACUAUUUUCUGUCUCUUUCCCUCAAUCCUCCUGCCUAUCCAUGGCCUCUCCUCAUCAUUCAGCUGUGAGGCUGUUUGAAUGUGCAAGUGCUAUUUGUACAUAGUGUGCACACUCAUGUUUGCCAAAGGGAGCUUUUGCGGUGUAGCAUCACAGCCUUGACAGCUAGAGAGCAACACAAACACACACAAAAAAUUGCU